UUGGGAAAACGGAAUGAAAAUGAUAAAGGAUUAACCAAAGGAGUGGGUGAGGUGAGGGGGUAAAGGUUGCUCUCUCUUACUCACUCAGUUUUUGGUGUUUCCUUUCUAUCCAUCAUCUAUCUAUAUGCUAUGCUAUGGAUACCCUUUCAAGGAUUAGGUUCCUCUCUACUACUUGUUACACCUUUCAAUUCCCCAAAACUCCUGCAUUUUCAACAACAACCCCUUUUCUUUCAUCUCUAAAAGCUUCUCGUACUGCUACUACUACUUCUACUACAGUGAGCGAUGCAGAUGAGGAUGUCUUACAAAUAUUUUUGAAGGAGAGGGAAUUAAAUGGGGAUUUUGUAUCAAGAACUUGUGAUUUAUUAUGGCAAAUGAAUGCCAGAAAUUCUGGUGACUAUGAUGUUAGUAAGUUCACCGACAACAAUUCUCAACAAAUAGAGCAGAGCAUAGAGACUAACAGUGAAGGCGGUUUUUUGAAACUUUCAAGUACUCAAGAGUGGUUAUUAGGUGAAAAUUCUGCACCAAUAAACAGAAAGAUGACCGCAAAGAUAAUCCAAGACAACAGAGCAAGACUCAGGAAACUGAACAAGCUCAAAUAUCAAUCUCUUAAGAGGGAACUACUAUUUCUUUCUGUGGGUAUUGGAUUGGCUUGUAGCGGAUAUUGCUUGUUAGUUUUUUCCGUACAGGCUGCUUUGAGUUAUGGGAUUGGAGUCCUUUUCAGUUGCUUGUACCUUCAGCUCUUGUAUCAACAUGCUGACAACAUAUCCAGUGAAACCGUUCCUCAAAUAUUCACGAAAAAGAAGUCAAAGACAAUCGGUAUAAGGAGUGAGGAUCUUAAUGAUUUUUUGGAGAAAACAAUCAGGGGUAGCGGUAUAUCACUUUCAUCUCCAAGGCUAGUGAUCCCAGCAGCAAUUUACGGACUUUGGGUUCUAUCUCAUCAGUAUUUUUCUAAUGACUGGUUUGAUUUUCAGCUUGUGCCAGCCAUGUUUGGGAUGUUUGUCUAUAAGGCUGCUGCUCUAGUGCAAGUUUAUAGAGACAACAAAGACUUAGGCUUUGAAUUUCCAGAAGAUUUUUAAUGAAAGAAGGCUCAAGUGAUUGAAAUAUUUAUUUUGCUAUGUUCAGCAGAUCACACUAUUUCCUACAUCUUCAAAUAUUGGAAAUGGCUAGCUGCAUCCAGAACUGAGCAUUACUUACAUUUAUCUUGUACCAAAAAAAUGUCAUAUAGUAUAUAUAUUGAAUUGAAUGAGUGUAAGAUAAUUUGAAAUGAUAAAAAAAAGUCACUAUUAAGCCAAUUGGUAUAGGUAUUAAUGAGGUUCUCAUGAGAACCAGAGUGUUAAUACAAAAAUAAAAUAUGUAAAUGUAAGUUUGCAGCAUUGCUGGACAUUUAUUUAAGGGCUAAACAACUAUUUUGAUUAUGAA